AUGUCGGACACUAAGGAAAAUUCCUCAGCUGCCCUCACACUGGAUUUAUGGACAUACUCGAGAGGUGAAGGUCUUGUAUGCAGUAAUGGUAAGAAGUGGGAAAGAAACCGGAAGUUACUCACGCCAGCCUUCCACUUCAACAUUUUGUCAGGAUAUGUUUCUGUAAUGAAUGAAGUUGUAGAUACACUCAUGGAUAAACUUGAAACGGCAACAACAGAUGGAAAAAGCGUGGACAUUUUCCCGUUCACAUGUAGAUCCGCUUUAGAUGCCAUAGUUUCAUGUUCCCUAUCCUAUGAAGGAAACUUUCAAGAUUAUCAAAAUCUAGACUAUAUAAAUGCUAUUCAAAGAAUAUUAGAAAUUGAGUCCCUCCGAUACUCUAAGCCAUGGCAGAUGAUAGACUCUUUGUUCUAUCUGUCUUCAACGGGACAAGAACUAAAACGAUUGUGUAAAACUACAACGGACUUCUCUGAAAAUAUCAUCAAAACAAGAACAAAGGAUCUGAAAUGUCACCAUGACUUAAAAGAAAAGCGGCACCUUGAUUUUCUGGACAUUCUCUUAACUGCGCGUGACGAACAAGGAAAUGGAUUGACCUUUGAAGAAAUACACGACGAAGUUAAUACAAUUACAGCUGCAGGUUUCGAUACGACGGCAUGUACAAUAGGCUGGACAGUCUACGCAUUAGGAUUAUGGGAAAUGGUUUUCCAGGACGUUUGUGGAGUGCUUGGUGAUGAAACUGACAUUAAAACGAAACACCUUGGAAAGUUUUCAUAUCUGACUCAGUUUGUGAAAGAAACCAUGAGAUUCUACAGCCCUGUACCAGUUUUAACAAGACGAAAUGAACAUCCUAUUGAACUUGAUGGAUAUGAAAUUCCAACUGGGUGCAGUAUAAAUAUUCAGUCAUAUCUAAUACAUCACAACAAACAUGUAUGGACAGACCAUAAUGAGUUUAAACCUGAAUGGUUUGACGCAGAAAAUAGAGAUGACAAUGCCAUCUACGGGUUUCUACCCUUCUCUGUGGGUUCUAGAAAUUGUAUCGGACAAGUGUUUGCGAUGAAUGAGGUCAAAAUGACGAUUGCAAAGCUGGUGAAAAAGUUUGAGAUAGUGAAAGACCCUGACCAUGAGACAGAUUUACGACCGGAAAUCGUAAUGAGACCAUCAAACGGGAUCAAAGUGUUUCUCAAGAAAAGAUAAAAUUAAAUACAUACAUAAAGAUAACACAAACAAGAACUAUCUUUAAAAAUGAUGGUCGGCGAAUUGUAAUAAAGAAAGAAGUUUAUGAAUUUUUCAUCUAACAUUCAUCUUUUAUCUAACAUUUUUCAAAUUGCAAAACUAAACACCGCACUUUAACAAUUUAAAUGGUUCUCUUUUAAUUUUUCGCAAAGGUUACGUAGGGUUACAAUUUUGUUUCGUUUAUCCUUAGACGAAUAAUUACAGCAGUAGUUUGAUGAAGAUUCAUGAAGCGGUUCAUGAGAAUAGGUCAUUAAACGUGUUUAUAUUUUCAGCUAAAUUGGUCACUAUCCACAUUUGUAGCAAAAUAGCAGGAGACCUUACGAUAUUGUUACACAUCGAGUUUGAUAAAAAAAACAUCACAUUUUAGUGGUUAAUGCGAAGAAAGGCAUAUCUACUUUUAGCUAUAGUGGUCCCUAAUAGGGCCCAAGUUCCUAUAUAAAUAAAUUUGGAAGAGGACCUUAUAAUGAUGCUCCAGACCAAGUAUGACAAAGAUCCACUAAGCUGUUCAUGAGACGCUGUAUAAAGGCAUUUCUAGUUUUAGCUCUAGCAGCCCUUAAAAGGGGUCAAAUGUCCCUGCUGAACAAAGUUGGCUGCGGGCCUAAUAAAGAUGCUACAAAUCAAGUUUGAUUAGAAUACAUGAGAAAAAAUCAAUUAAAGGAUUUUUUUUAUUUAUUAUUUUUAUUUAUUUCUAAAAUAGGCCAACUGACCACGCUUUAACAAAUGCAUAUUCGCUAUUCAUGAAUCUUUGGACAAUAACGUCACACCUAUAAAAAGUGAAGGUCAA